AUGCCUAUUAAAGUCGCUCAUUAUCCCCUCAACCAACACGGGUUUCGGCGAUACAGCUCAGAAAGAGUCCAUUUCUUGCCACUAUUCUUGACUAACAAAACACAACUCAGCCAUACAUUCAAACUCGAAUCUGGUUCUGGUUCUGGUUCCCUUGUCUAUAAACACACGCGUCUUCCCAUCAACUACCAGGCUCAAAAACUGAACGAACAUUUUCAUAACGACAUAAUCAUUCAGUCAUCAGCCGUUUCUAGUCAGCCGCUUGCAGGUUACUUACACAAGCUGUGGCCGACAACUGCCCAUGCUUUACUCGAUCAUAGUAUGUUCCAAGCAGAAAAACAACAUCCAAGAAUCAUAUCAUCGUCAUCGUCAACAGCAGCAGAAACAAUAGCGCCAUCAACAAUGGCAACAGCGCCUAGGCCUCCAGUGAAUAACAAAAGGAAACAGUGA